CUCGCACAUUAAACCAGAAAACCAGGGGACCAGGGGAAUAUGGUCCAUUCGGGGGCAACCACUGACUGUUCCGGCCAGACAAACCCCCGCCCGCAAUCGCCGCUUCCAAUGGAGCAACUGCAGCCGGGUGACGUGUGCCUAGAGUGCCAAGAUCUGGGCAAAAAUCACAAGCUGCGCUACUUCUAUAUUAGUCUUGGGGAGCAGAUCCUGAAGUGCGAGUCCAGGAGCUGCCUGUGGCCCCACAACGACGAGGUCUCCUCGGAUGAGGAGCCGGAACUGGAUGCUCCCGUUCCUCUUGAAUCGGUCAGCCCGCUUGCAUCUCCGGUCGACUCUACUAAUCUGCCUUCGACGGAAAGUGCUCUAUGCUCGGAGCAUUCUCCGGAUGACGACGACGAUUUUAUACUAGAACUGUUGCAGCAACUGAAUCCAGCCACAGAAACGAAAUCUUCUGAAGCUGAACCAAUUAUGAAUCUCAGUUCCAUGCCCGAUCUUAGCUCUCUAGAGGCUGUGGAAGAAAAGCCAUGUCCUGCACUCGGGCUACCGGAUUUGAGCUUCCUAGAGGAAAACAAUGCCAAACAAAACGAAUCAGCAGUAAAAGUCAUACGGGAGGAACCUCUCCCACCCAAACUAAAGACUCCUCCCAAGCUAAAACCCGCACAAUCUCAUAGCCUUAAAGUUAAGCAGGAAGUGGCUGCUCCAAACAAAAGCUUUGCGGGGCCUAGCUGGCAGGAAAAAAUGGAGAUUCCCCUACUGCCCGCUAGUUUAAAGACGACUGCUAGUAUUAAAACCAAGGGAGGUCCCUUCAGCACGCCGCUCAAGAAAGCAUCCACUCAGCCACAAACACCACCACAGUCGCCGCCGCCGGCAGUCAAUAUUGUUAUCAGCAUUCCCGAGCUGAAUCCGGCCAUGCCCUUCCUCGACGCCAUAAAGCGACAUUCCACGGAGCCAAAACCCUCCGCUCGUGGCGGAACAAAACGCCCCAAGCAGCAGGCCAGAGGAACCACCGGCAGAGGAAUUCGCGCACAGGCAGUGAGACACUUGAUCGAGCACCUGGAAACCACCAAGGAUGCGAAGCUCUCGUCACCUUGGUCAUAACCAGCUGGAAUUUUAAUCAACUUCAGUAUUUAAAAUAAAUUUGCAUAUGAAAUUAUGCAUGCAAGCACCGGACAAAAAUUCAAGUUCGUUUAUUUAUAAACAAUUCCGCUGUUUUUUUUUUUUUGGCAACGCAAGUGGAGGAUUAUUAAUACGCGGCACGCGUCUAGAGCAUGUUUAAUUGGACAGAGAUAGCGCUGAAGAGCAAAGAGAGGCCAUCCAAUCAGUAGAAGUGAACUUUGGAAAGGAGGUCGCGGAAACUGCGUCAUGCACCGAUCCACUUGGAGCCGGGAUUGAAUGUGAAACUGCAUUUAACUGAUAAGACAAAUAGACGUCACCAGGGCUGUAGUACAACGAAAAUGAUAGCAGGUGGAUUUAUCAACAGGCAUUACAUCGCACCCAUUAAUCAGUUCAAUGAACGUGGGAACAUGUGGGGUAAUAGCUUGCGUGUGGCCGGAGCACUUGAACCGGGUUGCCAACGGUCGGCGUGAAAUGUUUCUGCUGCGCAGUUUGCAUAUGUGGGCGGGGGGCCGUCGGGCAGUGGGCCAAGUUUAUUGUUUGUUUGCCUAUCU